AUGGUGAAGCUAACGAUAGUUGGUAGGGUUGAAGAUGGAUUGCCUCUUGCACAAGAUCAAACCUAUGUAAAUCAACAAGACAACGCUAGUUUCUUGUUCUACAAGCAACAAGCCGAAUUCAUUCUCAAACAAAUCUCCAAAGACUCAUUGUUAUAUCCAAAGAUGACCAUCUUGAUCGAUCAUCAUUCUUUCCACUUUCUGGUGGAGAAGAAGAUAUGUUACAUCGCACUAUCUGAAUCUUCGUAUCCAAGAAAGUUGCUUUUUCAUUACCUGCAGGAUCUUCAGAAGGAAUUUGAUAAUUUCGACGAGACAACACUUAUCAAGACGAUUUCAAAACCCUAUAGCUUCGUUAGGUUUGGUAAGACCAUAGGGAGAAUAAGGAAACAAUAUAUGGAUACUAGAACACAGGCUAAUCUAUCGAAGCUAAAUGCUUCGCGGAAACAAGAACUUGAUGUAGUUACUGAGCAUUUGAAUGAUUUAAUUCAAAGACGACAACUUUCAGAAACAUCAGAGAUGGCGUCUUUGGAUCCUCGAAUGUCUGUUUCAACCAUUUGGAGCUCACGAUGUCUUCAGGAUAUUGCGUUAAAAUGGACACCAGUGACGAUCAUUAUUCUUGUUAUUCUUGUUCUUUUCAAAGCAAGCUUGAUUAUGACAGAUAAUUAUUUAAUCUCAACAAUGAUAUGA